AUGCCCCUGAACGUCGGCGACACCGGUUACGGAAGCGUGGCCGGCCCGGGACUCUCGUCCAGCGGGGCCGCCAGCUCUUCGGAGACGGCCGCUUUACUCGUCCCGGAGCCUCAAUUUGGAGAGGAGGCGCACGAGUGGCGGCCCAUGAGCAAGGAGGAACUCGAGGAGUCGGCGGGCGGGCCGGGUUGGAGAAGGCUCCGCUGGUACCUGGUGGUACUCUUCUGGCUGGUGUGGCUGGCCAUGCUGGCUAUCGCCGUGGCCGUCAUCUUGACCAGUCCGCGGCCCGUAGCCACGCCGCUGGCCUGGUGGCAGGAGUCGCUCUUUUUUCAGCUACAGCCUGACCUCUUCACCGGGACGCCACCAGGGAGUUCAGGGGCCGUCGAGGCACUGUGUGAUCAACUCCCUUACCUGAAGUCUUUGGGCAUCAGUGCUCUGGUCCUGAAGGGCUUUUCUGACCCCUUGAACACUACUGAAAAUGGGGAGCACCCAGCGAUUCUGCCUUACGUCCAACAUCUGCUUAAUGAAAGCAAUAAAGCAGGCUUCAAACUGGUUCUGGACGUGUGCGACGUGCAACAUUUUGGAGAUCAGAAGGUUGAAAGUGAAGGAACGUCAGACGACGCACAGUACGCACUUCGCUUCUGGUUGAGUCAAGGCGUGGCAGGGUUUUUAAUCUGUGACACAGAUGCAGCCUUUACACAAAAGUCUCUCGUGCAGUGGAGACAUAUUUUGGAGGAGUUCAGCAAAGAAGAUGAAGAGAGGAUCGUUGUGGUGAAACAAACGCGAGAGGUGCUUCCUCCACUGAAGGUCUCCAGCCAGCACCUUAAUAUCACCUUGGUGGACGUGGUGCUGAAGACGGUGCUGCCUGAAUCGCCUGACCUGCCGUCAGACCAGCAGGUGGCAAACGCCAUCGAGACUCACCUCCAGACGCCUGAGGACACGUGGCUUGGCUGGAUGAUUGGAUGCAAAGCCCGGUCUGACUUGAGGAGACUGCUGCUGGUGUUGCUCAUGACACUGCCGGGGUCGCCUGUGGUCCAGUACGACCAGCUGGAAGCUGCACAGGGAGGAAAUGGUAGCGAAUUGCCUGAUUUCACACAUAAACUCAAGUCAAGACAUUCAGAAAUGUCCCUCUUCAAAUCUCUGAGUCACAGCAGAGCGCGUGAAGAAGCGCUCCUCUUCGGAAGUUUCACUUUUCUUCCCUUCAACAAGUCCUCAAAUGCCACUGAGUCCUCUUCCUCCUCACUUCCCAUCCUGGCCUUUUUACGCUCGUGGGGCUGCGUCCACUUCCUGGUGUUACUCAACGUCGGGCCGGAGGUCCGCCCACUGAACCCUACCUGGGCGCCCAGCCUGCCCGAGGCUGGCGUCUUCGUAGCCAGCUCGGCGAUGGACCGCUUGGGCGCCGUCACCCUCGACAAAUUGGUGCUACAGCCGCGGGAAGCUGUUGUGGUCAAGCUGUUUGAGCCAGGGAGCUACUCAUAA